GCACGCACUUUGGUUCAUGGGUGGUGCCACAACUGGUGAAGGACUUCAGGCACCCGUUUAACUUAAUGCGUUAGUCCCUUCAUGGUUGGGAGGUGUGCCUGAAAUGGAGCGGUUAUUCCUCGGGUGCCUCGGUUUCCGCGUGACAAUGCGUCCAGUGGACAGACCCGUGCCUUCGCUUCCGCCGCCCAGUGCCCGUUGCCAGCCUUUACCUGAUCGCAUGCGACCUUGACUCAGGCUCCCUCAACUUGCGUUCCCCAACGACGUCCCUAUAACAUACCACCGAUUCGCUCCGUAAUCCAACACCCAUCCAACUCGCUUCACCGACAAUCAACACGACAAUCAUCGGAACCAUCGCCUACUGCAGCCACCCUUGUUGUCAGACCCCUUUGAUCACCAUGAAGCCCUUCACCAUCCUCGCCGCGACUCUCGCCAUCCUCCCCGGCGCUCUUGCCGUUGACCAAAAGAAGUCGGUUAUCGUCUGGUUUGAGGACGAAUCUACACCUGACUCCGCCAUCAACGACGCUAAGCAGUCCAUCCUCGAUGCCGGUGGCAAGAUUACCCACAUCUACACCCUCAUCAAGGGAUUCGCUGCCAUCUCCACGGAGAAGGCGCUAGAGCAGGUUCAGACCUGGGGCAACAAGUACGAAGUCCACAUUGAGGAUGACGAGGUCGUCUCUACGGACUGAUGUCACGGAGACAUGAACAAACGAACCGGCGAUUAUUUCGAAUUUGAUGGAGCGCGGCCUGGGAAUUGACAACUGCCACUUUGGCGGCCAGAACUGUUCGGCGUUUAGAGACAAGUUCCUCAACAGGGAGCGAAAGAAGAGGAAACACUCGUUGACAGAGCAUGGGCUUGUUUGGACUCAGAAGGAGCAGUGCCGCACGGGCUGGAUCGGUCGCGGAAUCAUUGCGUUGUGUACAUAUCUCAUUCUGCAUUCGUAGAGAGUCAAAACUUGAGACCCUACA